CUACAUCUCCCAGGUUCAAGCGAUUCUCCUGCCUCAGCCUCCCGAGUAGCUGGGAUUACAGGUGCGACACCACCCCCCGCUAAUUUUUGUGUUUUUAGUAGAGAUGGGGUUUCACCAUGUUGGCCAGACUGGUCUCGAGCUCCUCACCUCAGUGAUCCCCCCGCCUCAGCCUCUCAAAGUGCUGGGAUUACAGGACUGAGCCACCAAGCCCGGCCUGGGUUUUGUUUUGUUGUUCAGUAGGGUGGAACAUAAUGUCUAAACCUGGGCCCUACCUACCUGGUGCUCAAAAGUGGAAUGACAGUCCCUAGCCAACCUUUCACAAAGGACAGAGAGCUACUCAACGGACCGCUGUACCCUUAAAGACUGGGAACCGGAACCAUGGGUGAGUGGGACUGAAUCACAGAACAAGCGUUUUCCAAGCUUCGCCGACGUGCUGAGUCCCAAGUUAUAAAGACAGGAACAUCCAAGCUGCUCUCCUGGGCUGACAUGGACGCGAAGGGACCUACAGUGGCCUUGGGCCCAGCAGGCAGCGAGUGCAACGUGACUACCCACAGUCCAGCCCCUGGGGCCCAGAUCUACAGAACCGACCAGACGUGACAGCCCUUUGGCUGGGGCUGCAGUCCCACGAUCCACACAACGACUCUAUCUCCGCAGACGCGCCACCAACCACGGAGGCAAGAAACUGCAGAAAAUGAAACGAAAGGGAGCCCAGUGCCGCGCGGCGCUCAGCAGCUCCCCCAGCGGCCACCGUCGUCAACAUCUCCGCGUAGGCGUUUGAACCGCAGCGCGCUUCCAGAGGUCAACGGUUGCGCGGCCCACGCGCGCGCAUGCGUCCUGACCAGGGGAACCUUUUCUUGGAGACCCGGAGGCGAGCGCUGGAGGGCGGGAUAGUGGCGAGCGACCCGCAGGAGCUUCCGGCGGCGCGUAGCCGUGAUUGGUGGAGCCUGGGAGGGGGGCGGGGCAACGGGGAAUUCGAAUGGGAGAGGCGGGCCCAAGGAGGGAGGGGAAUGUCCGCGGGGGUCUCGACGCAGCAGAGGCAACGCGAGAUGGCGGCAGCGGUAGCGGCAGCGGCGGCUACCUCAGGAGCUGGUCGCUGUCGGCUAAGCAAGAUUGGGGCUAGUCGUCGUCCACCUCCAGCUCGCGUAAGGGUGGCUGUGCGACUGCGGCCAUUUGUGGAUGGAACAGCUGGAGCAAGCGAUCCCCCCUGUGUGCGGGGCAUGGACAGCUGCUCUCUAGAGAUUGCUAACUGGAGGAACCACCAGGAGACUCUCAAAUACCAGUUUGAUGCCUUCUAUGGGGAGAGGAGUACUCAGCAGGACAUCUAUGCAGGUUCAGUGCAGCCCAUCCUAAGGCACUUGCUGGAAGGGCAGAAUGCUAGCGUGCUUGCCUAUGGACCCACAGGAGCUGGGAAGACGCACACAAUGCUGGGCAGUCCAGAGCAACCUGGGGUGAUUCCGCGGGCUCUCAUGGACCUCCUGCAGCUGACAAGGGAGGAGGGCGCCGAGGGCCGGCCAUGGGCCCUUUCUGUCACUAUGUCCUACCUAGAGAUCUACCAGGAGAAGGUAUUAGACCUACUGGAUUCUACAUCAGGAGACCUGGUGAUCCGAGAAGACUGCCGGGGGAACAUCCUGAUUCCGGGUCUCACCCAGAAGCCCAUCACUAGCUUUGCUGAUUUUGAGCGGCACUUCCUGCCAGCCAGUCGAAAUCGGACUGUAGGAGCCACCCGGCUCAACCAGCGCUCCUCCCGCAGUCAUGCUGUGCUCCUGGUCAAGGUGGACCAGCGGGAACGUUUGGCCCCAUUUCGCCAGCGAGAGGGAAAACUCUACCUGAUUGACUUGGCUGGGUCAGAGGACAACCGGCGCACAGGCAACAAGGGACUUCGGCUAAAAGAGAGUGGUGCCAUCAACGCCUCCCUGUUUGUCCUGGGCAAGGUGGUAGAUGCGCUGAAUCAGGGCCUCCCUCGUGUACCUUAUCGGGACAGCAAGCUCACUCGCCUAUUGCAGGACUCUCUGGGUGGCUCAGCCCACAGCAUCCUUAUUGCCAACAUUGCCCCUGAGAGACAUUUCUACCUAGACACAGUCUCUGCACUCAACUUUGCUGCCAGGACGAAGGAGGUGAUCAACCGGCCUUUUACCAAUGAGAGCCUGCAGCCUCAUGUCUUGGGACCUGUUAAGCUGUCUCAGAAAGAAUUGCUUGGUCCACCAGAGGCAAAGAAAGCUCGAGGCCCUGAGGAAGAGGAGAUUGGGAGUGCUGAGCCCAUGGCAGCUUCAGCCUCUGCCUCCCAGAAACUCAGCCCCCUGCAGAAGCUAAGCAGCAUGGACCCAGCCAUGCUGGAGCGCCUCCUGAGCUUGGACCGUCUGCUGGCCUCCCAGGGGAGCCAGGGAGCCCCUCUGUUGAGUACCCCAAAGCGAGAGCGGAUGGUGCUCAUGAAGACCGUGGAAGAGAAAGACCUGGAGAUUGAGAGGCUUAAGAUGAAACAAAAAGAACUGGAGGCCAAGGUGUUGGCCCAGAAGGCUGAAGACUCAAAGGAAAAGGAGAACCAUUGUCCCACGAUACUCCGGCCCCUUUUGCAUCGCACAGUCACAGUGGCAAAGCCCCUGAAAAAGGCUGUGGUGAUGCCCCUACAGCUAAUUCAGGAGCAGGCAGCAUCCCCAAAUGCCGAGAUCCAUAUCCUGAAGAAUAAAGGCCGGAAGAGAAAGGUGAAAGUAGCUGGGGGCUUAGGCUACACCUGGAGCCCACAAGUGGAGUCCCUGGAUGCCCCAGAGCCUGAGGAGAAGGCUGAGGACUGCUGGGAGCUACAGAUCAGCCCGGAGCUACUGGCUCAUGGGCGCCAAAAAAUACUGGAUCUGCUGAACGAAGGCUCAGCCCGGGAUCUCCGAAGUCUUCAGCGUAUUGGCCCGAAGAAGGCUCAGCUAAUCGUGGGAUGGCGGGAGCUUCACGGCCCCUUCAGCCAGGUGGAGGACCUGGAACGCGUGGAGGGCAUAACGGGGAAACAGAUGGAGUCCUUCCUGAAGGCAAACAUCCUGGGUCUCGCCGCCGGCCAGCGCUGUGGCCCCUCCUGACCGUCGUCUCUUCACUCCGCCUUUUUAAAUCCUUGUAUAACCCCGUGUUGUGUAAAUACAGUUUUUGCUCUGGUG